AUGGAAUUAUCAUUCAAGAACUGCUUUUACAAUAAAAAAACAUUUUUAGACCUCAAAAAUGCUGUUUUAAAUGUAACUGAAGAACCAGUUUGGGACCUUAUAUCCGUUUGUACAGCAUCUGGUCUUUAUGAUAAGCUAAAUGAUGCGAACUUCGUAUAUUUCUUGAUUUUGUUUGGCAAAGUUUUUUUAUACACAGAUCAUGUAUUUAACUUUCUCCAAUUAAAAUCACUUUCGAAUAUAAAAUCUUGCAUUCCUGAAAUUCAAAAUUUAAAAAAAAAUUUGACCGAUUUAAGAAAUGAUACAAAUGUGAAUAACUGUUGUGACGAAGCAAUACUAUUAAACAACAAUUUAGAGUACGAAGACAAAAAACGAAACGAAUUACGUAAAAUUACAUAUGAUAUUCUAGAUUCAUUAAUCGUCCAAAUUAACAUACGAUAUGAAGACUUUCCAAAACUAGAGUUUGUAGAAAUUGUAAAUGAAAAAAUGUUUAUAAGCUACUACACUCAAUUUCCUGAGGCAAAGUUCAUCAAGUUAUUACAGCAGUACCCUAAUACUUUUGAUGCAGAUCGUUUACGCAAUGAAUUGGCUGUAAUUUAUGUGGAUGAUAAAAAACAUUUGCCUCCUCAUGAACUCCUAGAUUUUAUGAUAAAAAGUGAUUUACAUCAAGAUAUUUAUCCUCAGGUGACUAAACUUUGUCAGUUAGUAUUAACUAUUCCAUCUACGACAGCUUCUAGUGAACGGUCUAUGAGUACAUUAAAACGUAUCAAGACUUUUCUUAGAAACACAAUGACCAAUGAUCGGCUUUCAAGUUUAUCAUCCUUGGCGAUUGAAAAAAAUCUACUGGGUGAUAUGGCAAAGGAUCCAACUUUUGUAGACAAUGUUAUUGAUGAGUUUGCAGAUAAAAAAGAUAGAAGAAUUGAAUUAGUUUAUAAACAAAUUUAG